AUGGGAAAUUGUUGUUCGACAAAGAAAGGAACCAACGGUGACAUUGACGACAUCAAAGAAAGAAGAAGACACACUUCACAUUCCACAUCACAGUUAAAGUUCAAGGGCGUACGACUGUCAGGCAACAGCAGUAGUCCCAAUAUCAAUAGUCAUUCGGGCGUUGACAGUAGUAGUGACGACAGCAGUAGCGACGACAGUAGCGAUAGUGGCAGUGGAAGUGCCGGUAGCAACAAUAGACGAGAUAGACACGACAACAGUCUGGGACUCUUCAAACGACUGUCCACCACAUUUAUCAAUUCUUCAGAGAUGAAACCUCUCACUGAGCAGAAGCGACACUCCAACUCACAAAUUAGUAUCUCGGCCGACGGCGACUUUACUCUCUCUGCUCAAGACUCAAACUCUGUUAUGGACGAUUCACAUGCUAUUUACUUCACCAAGCCGGCCAAACAACAUCAAAGACAACUGUCUACUGAGAGGUCCGGACUCGGUCCACAAUUCAAGACACCACUGGCUAUCCCACAACAUAUGCGCAUGGAGGGCUUCCAGAGGGCCAAGCAUAAUUCAACUUCAUCCCUUUAUAUCAAGAGCACUCUGUCCACUCCUGACAAUGAUGAGAUACUCAAAUGCAUGGCAAACGCACUUCUAUAUCAUAUCGAGAGAGGAACUCAUUCACCACAAAAGACCUUUGAGAUAUUCAGUGAAGAGAAAUAUCCUAUCACUAAAGGAAAGUUGGACUUUAAAAUGCUACCAACAGUUGAUACUAUAUAUAAGUUCCUUAGAGAUAUAUUUAAAGCUGAAAGAUUGGACUCUGAAUGUGCAAUAAUGUGUCUAGCAUAUAUAGAGAGAAUUAUUACAUUCUCAGGGACAACAAUCAGCUCGACCAACUGGAGAAGGAUCGUACUGUCUGCACUGAUACUGGCGUCCAAAGUUUGGGAGGACCAAUCUGUAUGGAACGUAGACUUCUUGCCCGUGUUUGACAAUCUGACCGCCACCGACCUGAAUAAUUUAGAGCGUCAGUUCCUUGCACUGAUUCAGUACAAUGUUAGCUUAACUGCUAGUGUUUAUGCCAAGUAUUACUUUGAACUACGAACCUUUUCACAGUUGGAUACAUCUCAAUUCCCACUGAAACCUCUGGAUAGAAUUGGUGCCAAGCGUCUGGAAGACCACUCAUUGGCCUCUGAAUACAGAGUCAAGACCUUCAAGCGCAGUGCUAGUGUGGACCAAAUCAAUCCUCCAGAGCCUCAUACACGUGCUGUCUUGAACUGA